AAACCCAUGAGCUGCUUACAGUCGCUAUCAGCCAGAGACACGAUGAUGACGACGAGCUUGUGAAAGUCAUUCAUCAGGGUUCGGCGUUAGUCAUGGAUGACCCUUCAUUUAUCACUGAUCCGGUGCUGGAUACAGACACAUAGCGCACUGAUUGGACGCAGCGGGGGGACCAGUAGCGCUUCACAUCCACCGCCGAGCCAGAUCCAGAGCUGAGGAAACACACUCUUGCGCGAAUUAUCUGUACUCUCGCAGCGCUUUCAGGUAGACAUGCAGGCGCGCACUCCCGGCUUUGUUGUAUCUCUGUGAGGAAACAGCGGCUGCUCGUGUAACUCCGUAUCUCGGUGUAUCCGGACGGUGGCGGCUGUUAUUCGGCAUAUAGGCACAUGAGCGCUGGACACAUCGAUCACCCCCGACCAGUCUCCUCCGUUUGCUCUUGCGUUCAGAGAGGAGAUAGAAACAUCUAUCUGUCAACAUCUGAGUGACUCUUGCGCUCUCCGGACUAUCGUUUGGACGGGAGUUGCUGCUUGAAGCGAGUGAGGAGGACUUGUUUUGCAAGAAACAUCUCUCUGUUUUGUCUUUCCCUGAAGUUGACCGUCGUUUAGUUAAGUUUUGUCAAUGGGAUGCUGAAACACAUCAACAGCAGGCUGCAUAUUUGUUUGACUCCAUCUUCCCUGUUUGCUUGUCAUUCGCCUGGAUUCAUCACUUCUCAAAAGGUAGACGACAGUAAGCUCACGGUCGGGCGGAGCCUGUGGCGAGCGAGCGCUCCGAUUGGUUGCCGCGUUGCGUUUCACCGCGUCAUGCGGGCAGGAUGGAUGUGAAAGAACGCAGGCCCUACUGCUCACUGACCAAGAGCAGGAGAGAGAAAGAGCGCCGCUACACGGGCUCAUCCGGCGACAGCGAAGACUGCCGCGUGCCCACCCAGAAGUCCUACAGCUCCAGCGAGACGCUGAAGGCCUUCGACCACGACUCCUCACGCCUGCUGUACGGAGGCCACGUCAAGGAGAUGGUCCACCGAGAGGCAGACGAGUACAGCCGCCAAGGCUUCAUCGAAAUAUACAGCAACAAAGGUCAGAACUUUAACCUGAGGCAGCUGGGAAUAUGUGAACCAGCCACACGCCGUGGCCUGGCCUUCUGCGCGGAGAUGGGCCUCCCCCACCGCGGCUACUCCGUUGGCGCAGGCUCAGAUGUGGACACUGAAAACGAGGGGGUGAUGUCACCGGAACGUGCCAUGCGCCUCUGGGGCAGGGGUGUGAAGGCUGGCCGCAACUCCUGCUUGUCCAGCCGCUCGAACUCAGCCCUGACCCUGACCGACACAGAGCACGAGAACAAAUCAGACAGUGAGAACGGUUCUCCCAUGCCAUCCUCUCUCUCCAGUCCAUCAGUCACUGAGCAUUCCCAUUCUCAACCACCUUCACCCAAUCUCCAUGACAACCAGAGUUCCGUCUUAAGUAAUGCCACCACGCAGGCGGCGCAGGACUCUGAUUCGGAAGAAGAGUACACGGCCGCUCUCUAUAGACCCGUAACGCAGCCUGCCCUCAGCCACAGCUGUAAUGAGCAACCAUCCAAUCAGCACCAGCAGGGCCAGUCCGUGCUGCCACCAGUGCCGCCUCCGCACAAGCAGCAGCCGUCGGUGACGGCGCUGAACCACAACUCUCUGAGCAGCCGCAGGAACGUGAGCCCGGCCCCUCCGGCCGCCCUCCCCGCCGAACUGCAAACCACACCCGAGUCAGUGCCGCUGCAGGACAGCUGGGUCCUGGGCAGCAAUGUGCCGCUGGAGAGUAGAAAAUUAGCAAAGCAAGCAGUUCUUGAAAACGGGCAUGACAACUUAAUAGAGAUGGAUGUGUUCCCUCCCGUGUGCCACGAGGGCGGCUAUGGGGACGGGCACUUUCUCUUUAAGACAGGCACCGGCACCACUCCUCUGUUCAGCACGGCCACGCCAGGCUACACCAUGGCCACGGGGGCGGUCUACUCGCCCCCUACACGGCCCCUGCCCCGAAACACACUCUCCCGCAGCGCCUUCAAGUUCAAGAAGUCCUCUAAGUACUGUUCAUGGAGGUGCACGGCCCUUAGUGCCAUGGCUGUCUCCGUACUGCUCUCUGUGCUGCUCUGUUACUGCAUUGCCAUGCAUCUCUUUGGAUUGAAUUGGCAGCUGCAGGAGACUGAGGGCUAUGCUUUUGAGAACGGCCAGGUCAAAUCUGAUGCCACGGCAACCAACGCAGUUACUGCCCUGUCUACUGAGAACAGAGUUUACUUUCAAGAGAAUAACACCAUAGACACAGGAGAGGUGGACGUGGGCCGUAGAGCAGUACAGGAUGUCCCUCCAGGAACUUUUUGGCGCUCUCAGCUCUUCAUUGACCAGCCACAGUCUCUCAAGUUCAACAUCUCCGUCCAGAGAGGCGCCCUAGUCGGGGUCUACGGACGGAAAGGCCUGCCUCCCACACACACUCAGUAUGACUUUGUGGAGCUGUUGGACGGCAGUCGCCUGAUAGCUAAAGAGAAGCGUGGACUGGUGGAGGUGGAAGGAGCAGCCAGAAAGGCCCGGUCAGUUAACGUUCACGAGGCAGAGUUCAUCCGCUAUCUGGACUCAGGCACCUGGCACCUCGCCUUCUACAAUGAUGGCAAAAACACUGAACAGGUCUCCUACAACACCAUCAUCAUAGAUACCCUCACAGAGUGUCCACACAAUUGCCAUGGUAACGGAGACUGUCGCUCGGGAACGUGCCAUUGUUUCCCAGGGUUCCUCGGUCCUGAUUGCUCACGAGCCGCUUGUCCGGUGCUGUGCAGUGGCAAUGGGCAGUACUCCAGGGGGCGCUGUCUUUGUUACAGCGGCUGGAAGGGGACAGAAUGUGACGUUCCUAGCAACCAGUGCAUCGAUAUUCACUGCAGCGGACACGGAAUCUGCAUUAUGGGCACCUGCGCCUGCAACACAGGCUAUAAAGGAGACAACUGUGAAGAAGUGGACUGCCUGGACCCGUCCUGUUCAUCUCACGGAGUGUGUAUUCACGGAGAGUGCCAUUGCAAUCCAGGCUGGGGUGGCAACAACUGCGAGAUCCUGAAGACUAUGUGCCCAGACCAGUGUUCGGGACACGGAACCUACCAGACGGAGAGCGGGACCUGCACCUGUGACGCCAACUGGACUGGACCCGACUGCUCCAUCGAGGUGUGUGCAGUGGACUGUGGCUCUCACGGUGUGUGCAUAGGAGGAAGCUGUCGCUGUGAAGAGGGCUGGACCGGUUCAGUAUGCGAUCUGAAAGCUUGUCACCCACGCUGCACUGAACACGGUACCUGCAAGGACGGCAAAUGCGAAUGUCACCAAGGCUGGACCGGAGAACACUGCACCGUUGCUCACCCGGAGACGUAUGUCCAAGGAGAGAGGAUAGGAUUUAAAGAGGGAUGUCCAGGUCUGUGCAACAGUAAUGGACGCUGCACGCUGGAUCAGAACGGCUGGCAUUGUGUCUGCCAACCAGGCUGGAGAGGAGCCGGCUGUGACGUUGCCAUGGAGACUCUAUGCGCAGACGGCAAGGACAAUGAAGGAGAUGGCCUGGUGGACUGUAUGGAUCCGGACUGUUGCCUCCAGAGCUCGUGUCAGACUCAACCCUUCUGCCGUGGCUCUCCUGACCCCAUCGACAUCAUCAGCCAGAACCAACCCGCAAGCCCACAGCAAGCCGCCCAGUCAUUCUAUCAGCAGAUCAGCUUCCUCAUUGGCCCAGAGAGCACGCAUGUCAUUAACGGAGACAACCCCUUUAACAGAAGCCUGGUGUCCAUUAUCAGAGGGCAGGUGCUCACUGCAGAUGGUACACCCUUGAUUGGAGUCAACGUGUCCUUUGUGCACUACCCAGACCACGGAUUCACCAUCACGCGGCAGGAUGGCAUGUUUGACAUUCUGGCCAACGGCGGAGCAUCACUGACGCUGAGCUUCGAGCGGGCGCCGUUUCUGACGCAAUUCCGCACAGUAUGGAUCCCGUGGAAUGUCUUCUACGUAAUGGACACGCUGGUUAUGAAGAAAGAGGAAAACGACAUCCCCAGCUGCGACCUGAGUGGCUUUAUUCGACCCAGCCCUCUCAUCGUGGCCACACCACUCUCAACCUUCUUCCGAUCCUCGCCUGAAAACGGACCCAUCAUUCCAGAGACACAGGUUCUUCAGGAGGAGACGGCGAUUCCCGGUAGCGACCUGAACCUUAUGUAUCUGAGUUCGAGGGCGGCUGGCUACCGGCCAGUGCUCAAGGUGACCAUGACCCAAGCCACCAUCCCCUUCAACCUCAUGAAGGUGCAUCUGAUGGUGGCGGUGGUGGGACGCCUCUUUCAGAAGUGGUUCCCCGCAGAACCCAACCUGUCCUACACCUUCAUCUGGGACAAAACAGACGCGUACAAUCAAAGAGUCUACGGCCUGUCGGAGGCUGUGGUGUCUGUGGGAUUCGAAUACGAGUCCUGUUUGGAUCUGAUCUUGUGGGAGAAAAGAACAGCCAUCCUCCAAGGUUACGAACUCGACGCCUCAAACAUGGGAGGAUGGACCCUAGACAAGCACCACAUCUUAGAUGUUCAGAAUGGCAUCCUGUACAAAGGCAACGGUGAGAACGUCUUCAUCUCCCAGCAGCCUCCAGUGAUCAGCACCAUUAUGGGUAAUGGGCGCAGGCGCAGUAUCUCCUGCCCCAGCUGUAACGGCCAAGCUGAUGGCAACAAACUGCUGGCUCCAGUGGCCCUCGCCUGUGGAUCUGACGGUAGCCUGUUCGUCGGUGACUUCAACUACAUCAGACGCAUCUUUCCCUCUGGAAAUGUUACCAGUGUUAUGGAGCUGCGAAAUAAAGAUUUCAGACAUAGCAACAAUCCCGCACAUAGAUACUACCUAGCAACAGACCCGAUGACAGGUCAGCUGUAUGUUUCGGACACCAACUCACGACGGAUCUUCAGGCCUAAAGCCCUGACGGGAACCAAAGAGCUGCUGCAGAACGCAGAGGUUGUGGCAGGGACUGGAGAGCAGUGUCUACCAUUUGACGAGGCUCGAUGUGGGGAUGGAGGCAAGGCCACAGAGGCGCUACUGCUGGGACCCAAAGGCAUUGCUGUGGAUAAGAACGGGUUCAUCUACUUUGUGGAUGGUACCAUGAUCAGGAAAGUAGACCGGAAUGGCAUCAUCUCAACCUUGCUGGGGUCUAAUGACCUCACAUCUGCUCGUCCUCUGACCUGUGAUACCAGCAUGCAUAUCGGACAGGUGCGUUUAGAGUGGCCUACAGACCUGGCCAUCAACCCUAUGGACAACUCCAUCUACGUGCUUGACAACAACGUUGUACUACAGAUAACCGAGAACAGGCAGGUGCGCAUUGUGGCAGGCAGACCUAUGCAUUGCCAAGUGCCGGGCAUCGAGUACACCAUGGGAAAGCGUGCCAUCCAGACCACUCUUGAAGGCGCAACAGCCAUCGCUCUGUCCUACAGCGGUGUGCUCUACAUUGCCGAGACGGAUGAAAAGAAAAUCAACCGCAUUAGACAAGUCAGCACGGACGGCGAGAUUUCUCAUUUGGCAGGAGCGCCUUCCGACUGCGACUGCAAGAACGAUGCUAACUGUGACUGUUACCAGACAGGCGAUGGCUAUGCCAAAGACGCAAGACUAAAUGCUCCUUCCUCUCUAGUGGUCUCCCCUGAUGGAACGCUCUAUGUAGCCGACUUGGGAAACAUUCGAAUCCGUGCCAUACGUCACAAUCGACCUCCACAAGGCUCUUCAGGUCUUUAUGAAGUUGCGUCACCUGCUUCUCAAGAGCUCUACGUGUUUGACUCCAAUGGAACGCAUCAGUAUACUAUGAGCUUGGUCACUGGUGACUACAAGUACAACUUCAGCUACAGUAAUGAGGAUGAUAUCACUGCCGUAACAGAUAGCAGUGGAAAUACGCUCCGGGUUCGCCGUGACCCCAACCGGAUGCCAGUGCGUAUUGUUGCACCUGACAACCAGGUUAUUUGGCUGACAAUCGGUACAAAUGGAGGGCUUAAGACCCUUACAGCCCAGGGGCAGGAGUUGGUACUCUUCACCUACCAUGGUAACAGUGGCCUGCUAGCCACCAAGAGCAUCCAAAUUGGCUGGACCACAUUUUAUGACUAUGACAGCGAGGGACGUCUGACCAAUGUGACAUUCCCCACUGGGGUCAUCACCAGUCUAAUUGGGGAGAUGGACAGAGCCCUAACAGUGGACAUUGAGACUUCAGGACGAGAUGACGAUGUCAGCAUCACCACCAACCUCUCUUCUAUCGACUCUUUUUACACAUUAGUUCAAGAUCAACUGAGAAACAGCUACCAGGUGGGCUAUGAUAACUCUAUGAGGGUCAUCUAUGCCAAUGGAAUGGACUCUCACUUCCAGACCGAGCCUCAUAUUCUUGCGGGCGCAUCCAACCCAACAGUGGCCAGAAGAAACAUGACCCUGCCUGGAGAGAAUGGACAGAACUUGGUGGAGUGGCGCUUCAGAAAAGAACAGAACAGGGGGAAAGUCGUAGUAUUCGGAAGAAAACUCAGGGUCAACGGAAGAAACCUGCUGUCUGUGGAUUAUGACCGCUCACUGCGCACAGAGAAAAUAUAUGAUGAUCAUCGAAAGUUCCUUCUGAAGAUUGUGUAUGAUGCCUCUGGUCAUCCUACGCUGUGGGUGCCCAGCAGUAAGCUGAUGUCUGUCAACCUCACCUAUUCCAGCACUGGUCAGGUCACAAGCAUUCAGAGAGGCCCCACAGUCGAGAGAGUAGAAUACGACAGCCAGGGACGCAUAGUCUCCAGAACCUUUGCUGACGGCAAAACCUGGAGUUACACCUAUUUGGACAAGUCCAUGGUGCUGCUUUUACACAGCCAGCGGCAGUACAUCUUUGAUUACGAUCUGCAGGACCGACUCUCCGCCAUCACUAUGCCAAGUGUCGCCCGUCACACCAUGCAAACUAUCCGCUCUGUUGGCUACUACCGCAACAUCUACAAUCCGCCUGAAAGCAAUGCCUCGGUUACGGUGGACUACAGCGAGGACGGCCAGCUCUUGCGAGUGGCACACCUGGGCACUGGCCGGCGUGUCCUUUAUAAGUAUCGGAGACAGAACAAGCUGUCCGAAAUCCUAUAUGACAGCACACGGGUCAGCUUCACCUAUGAUGAAACAGCAGGUGUACUGAAAACUGUCAACCUACAAAGUGAGGGUUUCAUUUGUUCAAUCAGAUAUCGACAGAUAGGUCCACUGGUGGACCGGCAGAUAUUUCGCUUUAGCGAAGACGGCAUGGUCAACGCCCGCUUCGACUACACCUAUGACAAUAGCUUCCGAGUCACCAGCAUGCAAGGAGUCAUCAACGAGACCCCGCUUCCUAUUGACCUUUAUCAGUUCGACGACAUUUCCGGCAAGGUUGAGCAGUUUGGGAAAUUCGGCGUCAUCUAUUACGACAUCAACCAGAUUAUAUCAACAGCGGUCAUGACCUACACAAAGCACUUUGACGUCCAUGGUCGCAUCAAGGAGAUCCAGUACGAGAUCUUCCGCUCUCUCAUGUACUGGAUCACUAUCCAGUAUGACAACAUGGGACGUGUCACCAAAAGAGAAAUAAAGAUUGGCCCUUUUGCCAACACUACCAAAUAUGGCUAUGAGUAUGAUGUGGAUGGGCAGCUGCAGACAGUCUACCUGAAUGAGAAAAUGAUGUGGCGGUAUAAUUACGACCUGAACGGCAACCUACACCUGCUGAACCCUGGCAACAGCGCAAGACUCACUCCCCUCCGCUACGACUUACGGGACCGCAUCACACGGCUGGGCGAUGUGCAGUAUCGCAUGGACGAAGAUGGAUUUCUUCGGCAAAGGGGUGCGGAGAUCUUCGAGUACAACUCUAAGGGCCUCUUGGUCCGGGUGCAUAGUAAAGCCAGUGGCUGGACAAUCCAGUACCGCUACGAUGGGCUAGGAAGACGCCUGGCCUCUCGCAACAGUCUGGGCCAGCAUCUUCAGUUCUUCUAUGCGGACCUCAACUACCCAACACGUAUUACCCAUGUCUACAACCACUCCAGCUCUGAAAUCACCUCACUCUACUAUGAUCUACAAGGCCAUCUGUUUGCCAUGGAGAUCAGCAGUGGUGAGGAGUUUUACAUCGCUUGUGACAACACAGGAACACCACUUGCGGUCUUCAGCAGUAACGGGCUUCUCCUCAAGCAGGUGCAAUAUACUGCUUACGGGGAGAUCUAUUUUGACUCUAACCCUGACUUUCAAUUGGUAAUUGGAUUCCAUGGUGGCCUAUAUGAUCCUUUAACAAGAUUGCUGCACUUUGGAGAGCGGGACUAUGACAUUCAGGCUGGCCGUUGGACCACCCCAGAUAUCAGCACCUGGACCAGGGUGGGCAAGGACCCAACUCCCUUCAACUUGUACAUGUUCCGAAAUAAUAAUCCCAUCAGCAAGGUGCAUGAGGUCAAGGAGUAUGUCACAGAUGUCAACAUCUGGCUGGUGACAUUUGGCUUUCACCUGCAUAAUGUCAUCCCAGGAUUUCCCAUUCCUAAAUUUGACCUUACCCAACCCUCACUGGAAAUGAGGAAGAGUCAGCUAUGGGAUGACCUACCGUCCAUCUCAGGGGUCCAGCAGGAGGUUAUGAGGCAGGCCAAGGCUUUCCUAUCGUUUGAGAGGAUGCCAGAGAUCCAGCUGAGCCGACGACGUUCAAGCCGUGAAAAACCUUGGCUGUGGUUUGCCACGGUCAAAUCCCUCAUUGGUAAAGGAGUGAUGCUUGCCAUUACCAGUAAGGGCCAAGUGGCCACCAAUGCACUGAACAUAGCAAAUGAGGACUGCAUUAAAGUGGCCACUGUCCUCAACAAUGCCUUCUACCUAGAGGAUCUUCACUUCACAGUGGAGGGCCGUGACACACACUAUUUUAUAAAGACCAGCCUGCCCGAGAGUGACCUUGGCGCCCUGCGACUCACCAGCGGUCGCAAGAGUCUUGAAAACGGCGUCAACGUAACGGUGUCACAGUCCACCACCGUGGUCAACGGACGGACACGACGCUUCGCAGAUGUGGAGCUGCAGUACGGCGCGUUGGCUCUACAUGUGCGCUACGGCAUGACACUGGAUGAGGAGAAGGCACGUGUCCUAGAGCAGGCCCGCCAGAGAGCGCUGUCAAGCGCAUGGGCACGGGAGCAGCAGCGUGUACGCGACGGAGAAGAGGGAGUGCGUCUUUGGACUGAGGGGGAGAAGAGGCAGUUGCUCAGCUCUGGGAAGGUGCUGGGUUAUGACGGCUACUAUGUACUAUCAGUGGAGCAGUACCCUGAACUGGCCGACAGUGCCAACAAUAUCCAGUUCCUGAGGCAGAGCGAGAUUGGGAAGAGGUAACAGUCUGCACAGCACAGACUGUCCAACAGACUACUGCCCCUUUGCUCCACAAGCUCCUCUCGCCCGUGUACACACUCCCAGAGCUCCAAUCCCAGAGACUAAAGGGAAGGGGUUUAUCCUAGAGAAUUGAGGAGUUGUGCCUAAGUGCCACACACACUGCAGUUAUACACAAAAACCUGAGGCACUUCCUCUCAUUGACUGAACACACCCCCAUUCUACAUAUUUGUUCACAUUAUUGCAUUGAAUGGAUAAUGGACUCUCUAAGAGAGCAACUCAAGAAAAAAAAAACUCUUAUGAUUUGUUUUUGUCUUUUUGCUUUUUAUAUAAAACCGUAGAGGUGACUUGGUCAGUGAUUAAAAUUGAGAGAAAAAAACGGCAAAUGUGUUUACAUGCGAAGACCACUGCACCCAGAUGAACUAAUAUAAUGCCUUUUUCCGCAAGGCAGUGACUGUAAUUCAGUGGUCCGUACUGUCCGUGUUCUCAGCAACAUGUUUUGUCAACUAGUAAGGACUGAGGUUUCAGACUGUGAGCUGGUUGAUGGUUUCUCUUCUGCUUCGAUUUCUUAAGGGACACAGUUGUGGUUCAUAUAAUCAAAUCUAAGUGUACAAUCUCAUUCCUGAGAUCAUUCCAGGUGGUGAAUAGAGCGGAAACUGACAGGACAAAAAUAUAUAAAUAUAUAUCUCCUAACUGACCGGUACUUUGACAAGAGAUGUUAGAAUAUCUUUAUGGAUUUUUUUUUUUAAGUAAAAAAAUUCCACUUAUCCGUACAACAAUAUUAGUCGCAGAGAAAGUAAUUUAUGUACAGUGUUUAUACAUAAAAAUAAAAUCUUACAAAUAUUGAGACUUUUUCGUCUUGUCAUGCAUUACUGUUUAUACUCAUGAAUUUUAAUAUUUUAUCUUAUCAAAAUUUGUGGUAAUGCUAACUGAAAUAAAAUCAGCUGUACUGUGUCAUUGAAUCCUCAACAUUGUUUUUCUUCUCUUUCCAUCCUCUGAAACUGAUUGUUGCCAUUUUUUUUAUUUCUAUUUCUCUCUUUUUCAGAUUGUCUAAAUACGUUCAGUGGUUUCAUGGCGUUACUGCCGCUGUAAUCAACAAUAGGUUUAGACUAGCUGUUUUCCAGUUGUGAGAUGAGUAAAUACUACAACUCGAAUGCUAAAAACCCAACAAGGGUUUAGUAAUUUGCCAGAAAUUAUUCCUUUGCAGUAUUGUCAUGGUAUUGUUCUGUCUUCAAUUGAACUGAGUUUCAAGCUUAACGCUUUUAAAGACGUUCCGUCCAGAUUUACGAGUUCAAGCUUUAGCCUCGCUUUCUACCAGAUAUAAGAUUUUUUUUUUCAAAAAGUUUCCGCUCUUUUUAAUGUGUUAGAUAAAGGAUACAUCACGCUAGCAUUAAUGUUUGCUGCCACUGGCAGCAUGGGGAAAAAAGAAAACUUGCAAGGAGUUUAAAUCCUCGCAUUUAUAUCCUUUGACAAGAAGUAACACUCAAACUCUUGAAUCAAAAGGUCAUUAGACAGCAGAGACAGUGUGACUUUUUCCACUGAACACAGAUUUUGCCCUAUGAUCAUGUUAUGAUGCCAGAAAUAAAAAUGUUUUGCAUGGGGCUACAUUUAUGUAACUGAACUAACAAGUGCUAAAGCAGGAAUUUAGAAAUUUACUGAGCACUAAAUAUGAAGCGAACAGUUACCUUCAAAGAGAAUUCCGCCAUCACGUGGAGAUUGAGUUCUUUUGCUUUUAAAGUAUUUGACAACAAAUGUAUUCAUCCAAGAGCACCACAAACAUUAAAGUGAUCAGAAUUCACCCCAAAAGGGAAAAAAAUAAUUUGUAUGCCUAAAUGGACUGCCUCCUUCUUCAGAUACUGUUUUUGUAAAGGCUUUUUAAAGAUUGUAUAAAAUAAAAUGUUCUGACUAAUGAAUGAGAAAAUAUUGUUUCCAUUUUAGUUUGUUGUUUUCCUAUGAAAAGUUUUUAAAAUCAAUCAUGUAAUUGUACGGUGGAGCCUAUUUUUCUAUUCAUGAGUGAAUGGAGGUCUGAAGGGGAUGUUACCCACCUGUGGGCCUGUGAGCUUUUGUUUGGGAUUCUUCAGUUACUGACUGAUCGGGGAGAGUCUGAGCUUGUUGUUAGAGUGAACUUUUCCCCCCUGGAAAGAGAACAACAAGGUGAGCACUUACUUAAAACACUAGUAAUAGCCAGAACGAGAACCACUGCAAUAUUAACAGUCAAGGAGCCCUUCAAUUGGUGUGUAUGAACAAAUUCAAAUUUUCAAUAUUUGUUUGUCAACAUACUCUUAUUAAAACGCAGAACUAGCUUAACAGACGUAGAUUUGGGGGUGAAAACACAAAUGUCUGUGAGAGACGGGAGAACAGAAAUCGUCCCUGAUAUGUUUGCUACUGGUUGCAUGCAUACAGUGUAAACCCAAUGAAUCAAAGGAAGGUCACUUUUUUCCUUACAGCAUAUUAGUGCCAAUAUGUACGUGUUUUGAUAUUUCUUUGCACUACAAUGUAUAUGUUGAAGAUGAUGCCUCUACAUUAAACAUUAUUGCAGUCGUCACGUCUCUGGUCUGAUCUGAGGGAGAUUGUAAAAGCCGGCUAUUUUUCCUAAAUUAAAAGGAAAGAUGCCUGUACAGAAAAUCAUCAGUAUUUAAUUUAAUACUUUAAAAAAAAAAAAUAAAUGCCAUUAUCAUCACACAGUUUACAGUCACUUAAGAGUAACAUUUUCUCAUAUCAGAUCUGAUGUGGGAUUUGGUCAACCUAAAAAUGUGUGCAUUGUGUGACUGAAUUUGUUUGAGUACUGAAAAUGCAGUGUGUGAUUAGCUUUGUUGCUACUGCGACAAA